AUGCCACGGGGCGUCCCCAAUACCAAGCGAGAUGACACUGGAAUGCGGUACACCACGUUCCAUGUCCCAUUGGCGCUACCCCCGAAGCAAGGAGCUUCAACCUACUUGAAGUACGAUUCACAGUUCCUAUGGACUAGAAACGCCAUACGGAAGAGAGAAACCCAAGCCGAUGAAGCAGCUCCCCCGCAGGAUCAAAGACGAGGCUCACAAGUCAUUGUGAUACACCCUGGCUCGCGCAAUAUUCGAAUUGGACGAGCUUGCGAUGUGAAUCCGGUGUCAGUUCCAGCAAUUAUCGCUCGCAAAUGCAAAGGACUCGUAGCCGAACCUGUGUUUGCGGAGGGGAUCUGUAGACCUCAAGACCCUUCCUUGGGGGCUAAGGCUUCCAAUGGAGAUGAUCAUACGACAGCAGAGCCUGCUGAAGAUCCAUUCGAGAAGAAACUGGCAGCAAUAUCUGUCUCACUACGCGACCGUAUGCGUUUCUAUAAACUCCGUGUCACUCCAAAUGCCGCUACCAUAGCCUCACAAUUCAACGAGCAAUUCAAACCUGAAGUCAUCGCUGACCACAAUGAUCUCCUACAAGUUGAAUGGCUUGAUAAGGCAAACCAAGAAGACGUGAUCACCGGCGAGAAGAUAUAUCGCCUCCCGGAUCCUUAUUCCUCAGGCUACACUAUAAAGUCUCCCAUUCACGGCACAGAUUUCAACACAAGAGAUUACAACUCCACCCAACUGAUCCUAAGCGACCUCGAAGCCAUUAUCCAAAGGACUCUGAGCGACUCCUUCAAAAUUAGCCCUUCAGACUACAAAAAUUAUUCCGUGGUCCUCGUCAUCCCAGACUUCUAUGAACGUGCAUACGUCAGAGACUGGGUGAAUCUUCUCUUGGUGUCGAUGGGGUUCAAGCAACUAUGUGCGCAGCAGGAAUCUUUAGCUGCGACCUAUGGUGCCGGUAUUUCCAACGCUUGCGUAGUUGAUAUUGGUGCUGCAACCACAAGUGUCGCUUGCGUUGACGAAGGCCUUGUGAUUCCUGACUCAAGGAUGCUUCUCAACAUCGGUGGAAACGACGUCACGGAAUUCCUGCUCGUCCUCCUUGAGAGAAUCAAUUUUCCAUAUCGAGAUAUCAACCUUGUGCGCUCGUACGACUGGCAAGUUAUGGAAGAUCUUAAAAUUAGGCUAUGCACUUUGGCAGAGGGCGACGUAGCAUUAAAUCUAUAUGACUUCACUGUUCGAAGGCCAGGGCGGGCUGAAAAGUAUGGUCUACGUGCCUAUGACGAAAUCAUACUCGCGCCCAUGUGCCUUUUCGAACCACGCGUUAUUGAGUUCGACAAAAAGCGGGCAGCGUUCUCCCGGCCCUCAUCUAGUCAGGUGGUCGAUGAAAUCUUACCUACUGACCGCUAUACUCGAGCCAUGCUCAUUUCCACCGAGCACUUGAUGGCAGAGGCGCCUGCACCGGUGGAACCUGCCGCGAAUGGGGUUGUAAAUGAUCAGGCUGAGAAAACUGAGAAGCGAGAGAAUGGUCCUGCAUCCCUCGCAGACGGUUCUACCGAUACGCCGAUGGAGAUUGUCGACGUGGAAGAUGAAUCGAAGCCUCCUUUAGCGACUCCUCCAGCCUCUGCCGAGACUCCCAAUGCGUCAUCACAACCACAAGACGUUCAUCCCCCGUCUACGAAUCCUGCUGUGCCGCCAAUUGAUGUAUGCUUCGAAGCAAGCAAAUUGCCACUAGAUGUUGCUAUCUUUAACAGCGCUCGAGCGGCCGGAGGAGAUGAGAAGAUUAGGAAGUACUUGCAAGCAGUACUGAUUAUCGGUGGUUCAGCUUUGAUUCCAGGUAUGAACCAUGCGCUUGAAAGCAGGCUGCAAGCAAUCGCGACGCCACUAGUGCCCAACAUGGAAAAGGUACAGAUUAUUCCGCCUCCCAAGGAUGUAGACCCUCGCGUCCUUGCCUGGAAGGGAGCGGCCGUACUUGGCAAAAUGGACGGCGUGUCUGAUCUUUGGAUUACCGCUGCUGAUUGGGACAUACUGGGCAUCCGUGGGCUUAAAGAGCGAUGUUUCUAUUUGUAA